GUGCGUCGGAAAUGGGCGUGGCCAUCCCCCAGCUUUCUGGGACUUGUAGUUCCGAGCCCGUAGGCGCGGGUGCGGGUCAGUGUCGGGAGUCCUGCUUUUCCAGGAUUCUGUCCUUCCUGAGAGGAGGAAAUGACCAAGUUCCAGGAACUGGUAACAUUCAAGGAUGUCUCUGGGGGCUUCACUGAGGAGGAGCGGGGCUGCCGGGACCCCGCUCAGAGGAAGCUACACCGAGCUGUGAUGCUGGAGAACAACAGCCAGUUGGUCUCCGUAGGAGACUUGAAAGAAAAUUCUAUGGAGAAUCUUCAAGAGAAAGGACUUAGCGAUCUAUUACAUAGGGGCUUUUCUGCUGGCUAAUUUUAAAGAUAUGGCCAGUACAAUAACAGAGUCAGGAUUAUAUUGUGAAUCUUCCAGGAGACAUGUACAGGAAUCCUGAACUAGAUUUUUCCCCUUAUCAGAAGUAGGGAGAAGCAUCUUCUAUAUUUCCAGAAACAAGAGCAAUGUGGUAACUCUUCAAAGUGAUGAUUACAAAAACAUGGCAAAUGAAGAAUAUUUGUCUUUGAAAGUCCCAAGCCAAAUGGCCACACAGGACUCCUCAGUGACAUUCUGUAAAAAUGAGCCCCAGGAGCCUCAGAAAAGCAAAAGUCUAUCUGUAACUGAAGAAAGCACUCAGAGAAAAGUCUUGCAGGGAAAAAGUCCUCCCAUGGACCAUUGUUCAGAGAACCUUCAAAUUAAACUUACGUCUAACGUAACAGAACUGGUCUCACCAUUGGUCAGUGGUGAAGCAAAUUGCCAAAAUGGCCAAAUGAAAGAGUCUUUGGAUCUCUUUGACUGUACCUGCAAAGACAUUUGUGGUUGGAAAUCACAAGUGGUCAGUCGUAGCCAUCGGAGAGCUCAUACAGAGGAGAAACCCUGUAACCAUUACAACCUUGGGAAGAGAUGUAACAACAGCUCAGAUGGUCAUCCAUGUGAGAAAAUCCACACUGCAGAGCAAUUACACAGAUGUAGUCACUGUGGUAAGGACUUCAGUGAGCACUCAGAACUACUACUUCAUCAAAGACACCACACAGAAGAAAAGCCCUACAAAUGUGAGCAGUGUGGGAAAGGCUUCACAAGGAGCUCCAGUCUCCUCAUCCAUCGAGCAGUCCACACGGAUGAGAAACCCUAUAAGUGUGACAAGUGUGGGAAGGGCUUCACUCGGAGUUCGAGUCUGCUCAUUCAUCAUGCAGUCCAUACAGGCGAGAAGCCUUAUAAAUGUGACAAGUGUGGAAAGGGCUUUAGUCAGAGCUCCAAACUGCAUAUCCACCAGCGAGUGCACACUGGCGAGAAGCCCUAUGAGUGUGGGGAGUGUGGUAUGAGUUUCAGUCAGCGCUCCAACCUGCACAUCCACCAGCGAGUCCACACUGGAGAGAGGCCCUACAAGUGUGGGGAGUGUGGGAAGGGCUUCAGUCAGAGUUCGAACCUUCACAUUCACCGCUGCAUACACACAGGCGAGAAGCCUUUCCAGUGCUACGAGUGUGGGAAGGGCUUCAGCCAGAGCUCUGAUCUCCGCAUCCAUCUCAGAGUCCACACUGGAGAGAAGCCCUAUCACUGCGGCAAGUGUGGGAAGGGAUUUACCCAGAGCUCAAAACUCCUCAUCCAUCAGAGAGUGCAUACUGGAGAGAAGCCCUAUGAGUGCAGCAAGUGUGGGAAGGGCUUCAGCCAGAGCUCCAACCUCCACAUCCACCAGCGGGUUCAUAGGAAAGAUCCCAUUAAAUAAGGUCUUCAGUCAUAUGCUCAUACUGUAAAGACUUAAAAUAUUUUUAACAUCAUUCUUUUAUAGUCUCAGGAGAGAGAUAGUAAAAGUUACUCAUUUAUGUUCCCUCACUGAAAAUCAUACAUUCAUUUAAAGUAUUUAAGUACCAAGCUCUUUGUUAUGCUAUACAACAAACUGACUUCUGGUUCCUCCUAUGGGUACAGUGAAAUGUCUGUACUUUGUAGUUCAGCCAAUGUUAUCAGAACUACAUGUCCUACCCAGCUUUUUUUAAGUGCAAGAACUUUAUAUUUGUGUAAGCAGAACAUGUUUCCCUUUGUUCAUAUUCUCUGAGAAAUUGUAACUCUGGUUUCUCUU